CCUCGCAAUUGACUUUUGUUUUCGUUUGCCAGUUUCAGCGUUUGGUUGUGGAACCAAACCCGGUCGAUUAUCAACUUCAAAAAACCCCGAAAAACUUCAGCAUCUCAGAGAGUUUUACAAAUCCAAGAUGAAAGUCACCUUGGUAUUAGCUGCAUUCUGUGUGGCAGCAUCAUAUGCUGAACCAGCCAUUAGUCAAGCCAGAAGUACCACCACCACCUCCACGAAACCAGGCAGAUUUUUGUCGCUGCCCAAUCCCGCCAAAUGUGCCAGCCGUCCCAAGGAGUUCUCCUAUCGCGGCCGCAACAUGUUCUUGAGCACCCACGUCCCUGCCUUGGCCAACAGAAAAGUCGAUUGGCUCGAUGGUCGUAAUCUCUGCCGUGAAUACUGUAUGGAUUUGGUGGCUUUGGAAACCCAAGAAAAGAACAAUCUGAUCUUCCGUGUCAUUCAACAAAACGAUGUGCCCUACAUCUGGACCGCCGGUCGCAUCUGCGAUUUCAAUGGUUGUGAAAACCGUCCCGAUUUGGAACCCAAAAACAUCUAUGGCUGGUUCUGGUCUGCCACCCGUGAGAAGAUCCAAGCCACCAACCGCAUUCCUCAAGGUUGGGGUUACAAUCCCUGGUCCCAGACCGGUCACAAGAAGCGCCCACAACCCGACAAUGCCGAAUACGACAUCAAUCAAACCAAGGAACAAUGCUUGUCGGUGUUGAACAAUGUCUACAAUGAUGGCAUUGCAUGGCACGAUGUUGCCUGCUACCACGAGAAGCCCUUCAUCUGUGAGGAUAACGAUGAAUUGUUGCGUUAUGUUGCUGCCACCAAUCCUGGCAUUCGUCUAUAAAACCUAAACUUAUUACAGGAGAGAAUUUUUAAUUUUAUUUUUUGUUUUUAUUUUUUAUUUUAUAAACAAAACAAAAUAGACUUUAGAAUUUAUAAAAAAACAAAAACAACAAGAAAAAAAACUACAAAAAACUAUUUUUUUACAUUCUCACCUCUGCGUUCGAAAGAAAAAAAAAAAACAAAAA